UGGGUAGGUAUUAUGAGAGAGCAUCAGCGUGCAUUUAAAGACAGCUCUUUGCGAUCGGCCGUGGACGUUUUCACUAGAAAGUACCGCAAGGCGCACGCGGCGUCUCUCGCAUACUAAACGCAAAUCGAUCCCUAGCCGAUAUUACACAUGUGUCUAGUUAUUUGAAUGGUGUCCCUUGAGGCGGUUAUAAGCAGGUUUUAGUAAAAUGAGAACAGUAGUGAUUUUGGUUUUGGCGGGAUUUGCGAGUUUAGCUGCCGCAUCGUCAUGGAAACAGAAGAAAAUUGGGAAGCAUUUCUUCUCCAAUGAUGCCAUGGACGUGACAGAUUUUUCCGUGUAUUACGAUUUAGAAACAAACAAGACAAUAACGAGGAUGAUGCCCCGGCCGUGGUACAAGCCUGGCUGGAUGCUGCGACUCCCGUUCACAGGAGGACCCUGUUCGUGUAAGGAACUUCGAUGUACAUGCUGUACCGGGAUCAGGAUACAGAGUCUCAACUUUGAUAGAAAAACAUGUGCAGUACUGACCUUUGACCCAUCGGAUUCUAUGAUCGAAAUGGACGUACAAAUGAACAACGCUACUGUUUACAAGACUUCAUUCUCAGCUGCAAAUGCUCCGCCAUUCUGCAUUCCCAUCCCAGUUCCGUACUUGCCGCCUGGCCUCGUCGACAUGUGUAUACGCCUAUUCGACAUUACCCUCAUAGACCAAGGGGUACAUGUUUGCAUGGACAUGGACACUCGUAUAGACAAAGCUCCUGUCUUGAUUCUUCACUUCGAUUGCAUGGACAUGGGACUGAAGGGAGUAAUGCUGUCCAAACCUGGUAGUGCUACUACAACUAAGCCGGUGGCCUCCGACGGAGCUAACUCUACUGCUGAACCUGAACAAAUAGACAGUGAUGUCUUUGACACCGUGACCGAAAGGUCGCCAACGACUGAAGCACCGACUGUCAACUUUGUUAAAUAUAUUUAAAGUUUUACAAA